AUGGUUUGUUUACGCCGUCUUGCACUCACCGCAGUGCUAUCUUUACCAACCACAAAUGCCUUAGCAACAGCGACAAGCGGUCUUUCUGGACUGGCAGAUCGUCUGUUCAAUGGCCAAGGAAGCGCGUUUGAGUUUGUUCUCACGGCGCAUUACGACAAUUGGUCGCGCUGGAACCCGCCCGUCAAUGACAACUACACGGUUUCAUCUGCGCAUGGAAAGAUUCGCGUCGAGGGUACGACACUGAAUGCGUUGGCGAGAGGCCUGCGACACUAUGCCAAUGAGGUUUUGCAGAUUGACGAGUUUUGGUUUGUUGAAACUUACAAGACUGUCCCGGAACGUUUGCCUGCGCCCAAGCAGCCUUUGACUGGAGCAAGUGUUGUGCCUUGGAGAUAUAACCUCAACACUGUCACCUUUUCGUAUAGCUUUGCUUGGUAUCAAUGGAAAGACUGGGAGAAAUUCAUCGACUGGGCGGCCCUGCGCGGUAUCAACCUGCAACUUGCGUGGGUGGGCUAUGAGAAGAUUUUCCUCGACAGCUUCAAGGAGUUGGGUCUCUCCAACGAAGACAUCCUGCCAUUCUUCAGUGGACCGGCGUUUCAAUCAUGGAACCGGUUUGGAAAUAUUCAACGUUCAUGGGGCGGAAAGGGUGACUUACCACUUGAAUUCAUCGAGCAGCAGUUCGAUCUGCAGAAGAAGAUCGUGGCUCGCAUGGUUGAGCUCGGCAUAACGCCAGUACUGCCUGCAUUCCCCGGCUUUGUCCCGGAUAGCAUCAAAAAGGUUCGGCCGAAUGCAAAACUGACGGUUUCCCCAAACUGGUUCUACCCAGCACCAGACAAGUACACGCGGGAUUUGUUCCUCGACCCGUUGGAUAAAACCUAUUCGGAGCUGCAGAAGCUGUUCAUCUCCAAACAGAUCGACGCCUUUGGAAACGUCACCAAUAUUUAUACCCUCGAUCAAUUCAACGAAUUGUCUCCUGCGUCAGGCGAAACCAACUACCUCUCGGGAAUAUCGAAAAACACAUAUGCUGGCCUCACGGCUGCCAACCCUGCUGCGGUGUGGCUGCUCCAGGGAUGGCUCUUCUUCUCGAGCCGCAGCUUUUGGACACAGCCUCGUAUUGAUGCGUAUCUCGGGGGUGUGACAGACAACCAGGGCAUGCUGAUUCUUGAUUUGUACUCGGAAAUGAAUCCCCAGUGGCAAAGAACGAACAGCUAUUCUGGAAAGAGAUGGAUUUGGUGUCAACUACACGACUUCGGAGGGAACAUGGCGCUAGAAGGUCGGGUUCAGACACUUACAUCCGCGCCGAUUGAUGCCCUUGCACAAUCAAAGUCCCUCGUUGGAUUUGGUCUAACACCAGAGGGUUAUGAGGGUAAUGAAAUCGUCUACGACAUCCUCCUGGACCAGGCUUGGGCUGCCAAACCUCUCGACACAAAGGCGUACUUUGAAUCAUGGACGACGAAACGAUACGCAGGUGUUUCAAAAAUACCCUCGGAACUCUACCAAGCAUGGGAAACACUCCGCACAAACGUCUACAGCAAUACACGCACCGACAUCCCCCAAGUCGCCGUCGCAACAUAUCAGCUUCGCCCAGCGUUAUCCGGUAUCGUCAACCGAACCGGCCACUUCCCUCAUCCCACAGCUGUUCACUACGAUCCUGCAGUGCUUAAAGAUGUCUGGAAACUCAUGCUGGAAUCCGUUUUGCGGCAAGGGUCUCUUUGGAAAGUCCCCGCCUUCCAGCUAGAUUUCAUUGACGUCUCACGCCAAAUGCUAAGCAACCAAUUCGACUUUUUGUACGUCGACCUCAUCAACGCCUACAAGUGCAGCAUCGCCACCGGCUCCAAUGAACUUCGCUCCAACACGCCAAACUGCAACGUCGAGUCUGCAGGCAACAAGCUGCUCGGCCUCCUGUCCACGCUAGAUCUCACUCUCCUGACAAACAGGCAUUUUACGCUGCAAAACUGGAUAGACGCCGCCAGCUCCUGGGGCAAAGCCACCGGAAACGAAGACCUCUUCACCUUCAACGCCCGCAGCCAAGUCACAGUGUGGCAAGUCGACGCCACGAAUCUGAACGACUACGCGGCCAAGGCGUGGGGUGGCCUCGUAGGACCGUACUACAAGGGACGCUGGAGCAUUUUCGUAGAUGCCCUCGUGGCGGCUAGCAAGUCGGGCAACUUGGAUCAGAAUGCGCUGACGCAAAAGUUGAAGGCUUUUGAGGCGAAGUGGCAGGCUGGUGGGAGUGCUGUAGCCCAGGCAAAUGUGCAGGAUUUUAGUGUCGUCAUGCAGUCUUUGCAGAAGAGUUGGCCGGAUUUGUUUCCGACCAAGUAG